ACUCCUGUCCUUCCACUAUUGUGGAUUUUUAGCUGCUCUGAAUAUUGAACUGAAGAGCUUUUCCUUUUGUUUUUGUUUUGUUUCCCCUUUUUUCAUUCUCAAAGAUCAGACUCAGACUGCUUUAGUUAGAAGAAAAAGCAAAACUAGGAGCUCUUUAAUCCGAGAGAAGGAGCUUUGUAGCAGUUACCUUCAAGAGAAGUUUACUCCCCAAAGGAGUAUUUAGUAUUACAUAGACACUGACUCACUGAACAGAAAAAGAAGGGGGGGGGGGGCGUGUGGAGACAGUGAGAGAGAGAGAGAGAGAGAGAGAGAGAGAGAGAGAGAGAGAGAGAGAGAGAUUGAUCCCAGCCAGCAAGAAAGAAAGGUACUUAACUAAAGAUGAAGGGAAGUUUUGCCUCUUCCCGAAUAUUAUAUCAUUAGUUUUUAAAAAAUCGGGAUGACUGCUAGUUUUGUUUAAAGUAUUUGUUCUGGAAAUACUAAAGUUGGAGUCUACUAGACUGAGGUUAGGAGCAUUUUCUUUGGCAGCAAGAAGAUACUUUUAUAGAAGCCAUGCCUGUACUUGGGGUUGCCUCAAAACUGAGGCAGCCAGCUGUUGGGUCAAAGCCUAUUCAUACUGCUCUUCCGAUACCAAAUCUUGGCACUACUGGGCCACAGCCCUAUUCUUCAAGACCUCUGGAACUUGCUGAAAAAGAGAGCUCAAUGCUUUCUUGUCAGUUCACAUUAAAAUCAACCUGUGAAUUUGGAGAGAAGAAACCCCUCCAAGGAAAAGCCAAGGAGAAAGAAGACAGCAAGAUUUACACUGACUGGGCCAACCACUACCUAGCAAAAUCGGGCCACAAGCGACUGAUCAAGGAUUUGCAACAAGAUAUUGCAGAUGGAGUACUCCUAGCAGAAAUCAUCCAGAUCAUUGCAAAUGAAAAAGUUGAAGAUAUCAAUGGAUGUCCUAGAAGUCAGUCUCAGAUG